GGCCGCGGUGGCUCCGCUGUUGCUGAGAGGAAGCGCGAGGAGCCCGGACGAGGCGCGACGGGACCGGGCCGGGAGAGACCGCCGGGUCCUGUGUAUCCACCCGGCCUGGAGGCUGGAAGAUGAAACCUGCGAGGAAGGCUGCCAGCUCCUCCUCUUCCUCCUCGUCCAGCAGCAGCAGCCGCUCUCCCCCUUCCACCCGGGCCAAGACCCAGAAGCGCAGGACGGCUGAGGGAGGGCCCAAGCCGGCAGGGGAGGAGGAGGGGGGCGGGGGAGGCGGGGAGGAAAGCCCUGCCCAGCCCCCGCCCUUGCCAAGCCCCCAUCUCAUGCCAGUGAAGAUGGACCCCUACGAGCCGCCAGAGGGGGAGCCAGGGUGCGAGGACCCCCCAGGGGAGCCCCCUCUGAGCCGCAAGACGGCCACCUUCAAAUCCCGAGCCCCCCGCAAGAACCCGGCGGCCGGGGAGGAGUGGAGCGGGUCCGAGGGCUCCGGGGCGCCUGGCGAGGAGGGCGCCGGGCACUGCCCCUCCUCCAGCACCGACACGGCCAGCGAGCACUCGGCCGACGAGGACGCCAAGGGAGCCGGGGGGGAGUUGUGGGGCCCGGCCCCCGGCCCCAGCGAUUACGACCUGCGGCUGCUGCGCUCGCAGCGGGUCCUGGCCCGGCGCCAGGGCAUCUUCCAGCCGGCCGUGGUCAAGCACGUCCGGCGUGGCCAGGACCUGGGACUUCAGUUCGCCGGCGACCGGGCCAUCACGUACUACGAGGGAGCGCUGGGCUCGGGGGACCUGGACGUGGUCCUGGACACCACGCCCCCUGCGGGCGCUGUGGCAGUGGGGGCCCGUGUCUGCGUCAGCGUGGCCCCCGAGGAGACGGCCUACUACGAGGGCACCGUGCUGGAGGUGAGCCUGAAGCCGGCCUCCUACAAGGUGCGUCUCGCCGGCCCCAGCUCGGCCCCCCGCAAGGACACGGUGUGGGUGCCGCGCUCUGGCCUGCGGCUGCUGCGCCCACCCUGGAGCCCGGCUGUCGCCGCGCCCCCCAAGCCAGAGGAGGAGGAGCCCCCCUGCCCUGAGCCCAAGCAGCCGGAGGACGCCGAGGUCUCCAAGAUCAGCGCCGGCGUGCGGGGGGCUGGGGAGGAGAAGCCCCUGGCUGCCCCCCCGCAGCUGCUGUCACCCCCCAAGUCCCCGGCCUUUGCCCGCCUGCCGGAGCAGGCCUCCCCGCUGCUGAGCCCCGAGGCAGGCGGCAGCCGCAGCAGCAGCGUGGUGUCGGUGGAGAAGUGCAGCACUCCGGGCUCGGCGCGCUCCCGCACGCCCCUGACGGCCGCCCAGCAGAAGUACAAGAAGGGGGACGUGGUCUGCACCCCCAACGGCAUCCGCAAGAAGUUCAACGGGAAGCAGUGGCGCCGGCUCUGCUCCCGCGAGGGCUGCAUGAAGGAGUCGCAGCGGCGCGGCUACUGCUCCCGCCACCUCUCCAUGCGCACCAAGGAGCUGGAGAGCCUGUCGGAGGGCCGGGCCAGCGGGCUGCGGGAGGGCAGCGCCGAGUUCGACUGGGAUGAGACGUCCCGCGACAGCGAGGCCAGCAGCGCCCGCGGCGACUCCCGCCCCCGCCUGGUGGCGCCGGCCGACCUGUCCCGCUUCGAGUUCGACGAGUGCGAGGCGGCCGUCAUGCUAGUGUCGCUGGGCAGCUCGCGCUCGGGCACCCCGUCCUUCUCGCCCGUCUCCACCCAGUCGCCGUUCUCGCCCGCCCCCUCGCCGUCCCCCUCGCCCCUCUUCGGCUUCCGGCCCGCCAACUUCAGCCCCAUCAACGCCUCGCCCGUCAUCCAGCGGGCGGCCGCCCGCAGCCGCCACGUCAGCGCCAGCACGCCCAAAGGGGCGGGGGGCGGCGUGCUGAGCCCCGAGAUGCUACACCACGCCCCGCACCGGGAGCGGCACUCCUCGGGCAUCGUGCCCACCUUCCAGACCAACCUGACUUUCACCGUGCCCAUGAGCCCCAGCAAGCGCAAGGCGGAGGCGCCCCACGGCGGGCCGGGUGGGGGCGCCGACUUCCAGAAGAGCGACAGCCUGGACUCGGGGGUGGAGUCGGUCUCCCACACCCCCACCCCCUCCACGCCCGCCGGCUUCCGGGCCGUCUCGCCCCCCGGCCCUGGGCCCUUCUCCUCCCGCUCCCAGCAGGCUUCGCCGCUGCUGCUGCUCUCCCCGCCAACCGGGCUGACCUCCGACCCCAGCCCCACGGUGCGCCGGGUGCCGGCUGUGCAGCGGGACUCGCCCGUCAUCGUCCGCAACCCCGACGUGCCGCUGCCCUCCAAGUUCACAGAGAAGCCGCGGGACGGGCGGGCGGGCAGCCCCCGGCUGGGCAAGGUGGGCACCAAAGAACAGCUGCAGGUGCCGGUGCCCAUCAAUAUGGGGCGGGCACUGCCCUGCAGCCAGCCCAGCGCCGUCCCGGCCCCGGAGCAGGCGCCCCCCGUCUUCAGCGUCUCCUCGCCCUUCCAGCCGGUCGCCUUCCACCCCUCCCCGGCCGCCCUGCUGCCCGUCAUUGUGCCCAACGACUACUCCGGGCCACCGGCCCCCAAGAAAGAGAUCAUCAUGGGCCGGCCUGGCACAGCAGCCGAGACCUUGAGGAACACACCACGCACCCCUGCCGACUGGCUUCAGCAGAUAAGGAAGAAGCCGAGACGCAGCAAAGACGACAUGUUCAGGGAAGUGCUGCAGCGCGAUGAGAGACAGACCAGGGACAGAAUAAAGAAUGCAGUAUUUGCUAGGCAAGCAACAGAGCGGAUGAUAAAAGUGAUGGAGGAUCAGACAGAGAUUCUCAAGUCUUUGAUGCAGCUGCAGACUGAGCAGCUGCAGAAUGAAGAAGCUGCAGCAGCCAAAGCAGGCUGGAUAAUUGGGAGAUCCAACCUGCAUGAGGGGGAACUGAGGCAGCAGCUAGCCUGA